UUGCGCAACUUGUUUGGAGUGUCGUGUUUUUUUACGAAAUACAUACGCAAAUGGACGAUUACGGAACGCAAGAUACGUCAAGUUACGGAAAUAAUUAUGAGUCAAAUACAUCCAACUUCAGUGAUGGCAAUUAUCAAGGAUAUACUCAUCACUACACUGAUACAAGUAAUGAUUAUUCACCAACACAGGAAAACAAAUACUCCACAUUAUCGGAUCAAAACGAUGUAUGUACCAAUACAUAUGCCUCUUCCAACCAUGACUCAGAUUUCACUGACACAGUAAAGCACUCUCUGUCUCCUGACUCGCAAGAAUCAACCCCUCAAAGUGAAACAGAAAAUUACAAAUGGUUGGAUCAAGAAAAUUUAAACUUCAACGACAAUGAUCAAAAAGAUGCUUAUCAACCAAUCAUAAGUAAUGAACCCAAGGCUAAUGAAGCAAAAUUUAUGGAGAAAAAUGAGGAUAAUGCAGAUGAUAGUGAUUGCUGUUACUGCAAAAUUCCAGAUAAUCAACAACUUAAACUUUUGUUCAUGGAUGGGUUUGAAGUAUUUUUCAUAAGUGUUAGAAUUUAUUACACGUUUAACAGUUAUUACCACCAUGAUACAAAUAACAUUACACAGAGAGUAAAAAUUGCGUGUAGAAAUUCACUUGAUAAAACCAGAUCAAUUGACUUUACCCGUCAUCCUGAAGGAAAUUAUUAGUAUUAAAAAUUGUAAUUUUGUAUAGUAUUUCCAAAAUAUUACAUAUAUUUUGUACUUUUAUAUUAACU